CGAAAAUUUUACGGAAGAGUUUCCUCCUCUCACGGUAGUAGUUGUUGAAUAUAUUGGAAAAAUAUAUUUGAUACAAAUUACCAUAAAACAGAUUAUAGGAAGUGGAAAUUAUCAGGACAUGGGAUCUGAGGGAAUGGAAGACGAUCAAGAGGAAACUCAGAGAACCCUACCCCACCCAAGCAACAACCCCAGGAUAGAGGUGACACGGGCGGAAAGUACAGACAGGACACAGAGUGAUAAUGAAGAGGACAUAGACGACAGCAUGAGAAUAAGUCAACAGAGGGUGGAGCGGAGGGGAUCUGUCCCCACAGGGCUGGUAGAACAUCACCUGAAUCCCCAGUCACAUUCCAUCUGUGGACAAAUUCUUAGAGUGAUGGGAGACGAGCAUUAUUCCAAAGGACUCGGUAAACAUUUAAGGUACAUGGGUGAUGAAAUGUGUUAUUCGUACUAUUUAAGAAAUGCAUACUACAAUUCGACUAGGGAAAAUUCUUCAACUCUGACAAACAGUCAUUCAUUACCGGACCUGAGGAGACAAAAACAUGAUAAAGAAUGACCGAUGUAAGUGAAUUCUAAACGUCGGAAAGUGUCGAGAAACCAGUCAAGGGAUGCAGUAUAAUUUAACCAUCAAGAAGUUGACUAUGGUCAGUAUUCAGUAAGGAUGAAAAAGGGGAGAUACUUUUCCUAAACUCUUGUGAAGGAUAUUUAUAAAUGUUCAUAGAUCAGAUAGAAUGCAAUUUGUAAUUUACUAAAUGGUUGUACAAUCAGUGAUAUAAUACUUGAAAUCAUUUUCUUGAUCAAGUGAAGUCAUUGUUUGAAAAGGUUGAAGUGAUUUAAGGCAUUGUCCUUUUUUCACAUUGUUGAUUUAGAACAUAAUUUUCUUUAUCUAUCUUUUUUUUUUUAUCAGUUUUGAGGUUGUUGGUACCUGAAGUGAUAUCAGGCAUUCCACCUUGUUUACAAGUCUAUAUGAGAUAAAUAUCUGGGAAAUAUAUAAACACCUAGAUCAGCAGAGUAACAGACAAUAAGUUGAAUGUUAAAUAAUUUAAAUACCCUUAUUCAUUAAACUGUGUAUUGAAUUCAUGUGGUCAACAAUGCUAUAUAUGACGUAUUUAUUUCUGACAGAAGACACGCAUAGAUAAAUUUGUUUACUUUGAAUGAUGUAAUGUACGUAUUUAAAAAAAAAAAAAGGUAAAAGAUUUUUCAAAUGUAUUUUUAACAAAAAAGAGCAUUUACCUGAAAGGUUCACAUUGAUUUUUGCCAGUUUGGGAUUUUUAAGUUCAUCGAUCCCUUCAUUUAUCAAGUUUUUCAAGAUAUUUAUAGUAUGUUCUUUAUCAAUGGGUUAUUGGUUGGUUUCAUUUUUUUUUUAAUUUAAAAAGAAGCUUAAUCUUGAUCAGAACAUUCACCAUGUUAACCCAAAAUAGAAUUUGUUUGAAUCGAAAGUUAAUUAACUAAGAAAGAGAUUUUUGGUAUUUAACUGAUUUAAAGAUUUUUUUCUUAAUGAAAAUCCUCUCUACAUUCCUGUUCAAAUAUUUGUUUAGAGAGAUUGGAAUUUUUAAAAAAAAACUCUUAAUUAAGAUUAUCAUUCACAGUAACACCUGUAAGGUGUGCAUCUAUUGUGUAUAAGAUAUUUUGUUAUGUGGCCAAUGACCAUACAAUGAUUGAUUUUCAUUAUAAAAUUAAUUUUCAAUUACUGUAUUAGAAGGUGCUGUGAAGUUCAAUGUUUACAUAUAAACUUUGUAAGUGCCAUAUUCUUAAUAAAAGGUUGGUUAAAUACUGAACCAAACACUGAUUAUCUGAUUAGAGAAAUUCAGUGGUGAUUUAAGAUUGUUAUCAUGGUUAUUCAGUUACCCUGUUCAAAGUCUUUCAACAUGAUUACAUAAGAAUACACUGGAUUUGUCUUUCCAUAAACAUGUUUAUGCUCUGGAACAGAGUCACAGGUUUUAAGUACAGGAUAUCACUAGCAAUCGCUGAUAAACAUGUUUUUUGUUUAAUAUAUUGUACAUGUUGUAUAUGAAAAUGUAUGUAAGAUAAAUCUGUUGAUUAUUCGGUAUAGUUUAUAUACAUGCACUUUAAUGUGUUAGUGUAUUUCUUGGUACUGAAAACCAUAUGGGGUCAGAAAUAUUAAAGUACCUAUAUCUAUUAAUUAUUUGUUAAUAAUUGAGAUAAAAAUAGUACACAUCAUGAAUAUUCUUACACAGAUUUAAAGUGCAUGUGUCUGGUUUCUUAAACAUGUUAUAUGCAUGUGAAGUGCAGUACAAAGUACAAAGGAACUCGAGAUGAAAUCAAUUAACAUUACACACAAGGCCAAAUAUUAUUUAUAAAUAUAUAUCAUGUAAUUGUAACAUAUUGGCAAGAAUCUAUAAUAUAUUCUCUUUGUCCUUGUUUGGUCCACGACUGGACAAUGGUGGCGUUCAUUAAAUAGAACAGGAUAUGGUUAGUUCUGAGUACUAGUCACUUGUAUAUUUAAAUGUUGAAAUCAUUCGAUCAAGCAAAUUCUAAAAGUGAAUGUCUGAUUUUAUGGAAAAUGACAAAUAGGAAUUCAUCAUCUGUAAAGAUUGUGAUGGUAUAUAUUUGUCACUAUUUAAAUGCCCUUUCUGACAAUGGAAGUGUGAAAAUGUAUACAAUUGUACUUAAAAAAAUAUUUAAAAGUAUUCAAACUUUAAAUAAAUAAAUAAACAUACAAAUUGUCACCACCUGAAUAAUUCUGUAAGGAUAUAAGUAAGUAACUAAGCAAUAAUGGUAUGGCAUUAAGGGUAUGAAUUCAACCAUGGGCCAGUGAUCAUUAAGAUUUUUAAAAUACCAAUAUAUUUGUUGUUAUAAAUUUAUAAAGUUUAUUUCAAGUUCACUAAUUCCAAUUGAAAUUAUGGAUUAAUCUGGCAAAUGAUUGCAGUGUUUGUUUAUGCACACUGCUCCAAUUUCAAUUUAGUUACGCAAUAUAAAGAAUACUUUCUUUGGGGCACUUCAGUGAUUUCAAAAUAUAGAACUCUUUCAAUAGUUAUUUAAAUAUAUAUAACUUAGAUCAAGGCACUUGUUCGUGGAACACACAUAUAUAUUACUAGCUAAACCACUUUGGCAGGGUCCCAAACUAACUCCCACGUAGAGUGAGUGGGGAAAACCCGACCUGCCCGAAUUGUUGAUAAGUGAGAGAUAAUCACUUUUGUAGCUUUACCUGAACCUGUUCAUCUGAUAUUAUGUACCAGGUACACCAUGGAUUUAAUAUAUCAAAUGAUAGUUAGUCAAGUUUGCAAAAACUCACAGCAAUUGUGUUAAUGAAUGUAUAAUUGUAUAUUUUGUAUAUUUGAUAGUCAGGUAUUGUACCAGGAUAGAUGAGCAGUGGUUGUUUGACAUUGAGUCAGCAAUAAUAAUUUAUAGUAUAGAUCAAUUUAUACAUACAUAUAUAAGUGAUAAUCAUGAGUAAUUGUUUAGUUAGCAUAAACCUAGUUGUUGACUUUUCAAAGUUUAUUUGUAUAUAUCUUAAGCUAUAUCUAAGAGGGUAAAAUUGUAAUGGCACCAUAAAAUGGAGAUAAUUUUCUUGAUUGUUUGUUUGUAAGAUGAUGCAAUAAUAUGUGGGAAUAACUUAGAAUAACAUUAUGCAAACCUGUGCAAUCUUCCUUGUUACUUACAUUGUAAGGUGUGGACCAGGUGUUAGGUGAUGACACCUUUGUAUAUAACAUACAUUUUUACCUGUCAAACAGGUAACAGUCACAUGGAGAGGGUAACUUGAUUUUACACCUUACAAUAUUCAUUAGGUAUGUUAAUUAUUUUGUCAUAUUGUGUAAUUGGUUACCUGUUGGAUAAUUGUGAUAAUCGUAAGACUUUCACAGUACAUGGUGUACAGUGUAUAUCUGAAAUUUUCCUUGGAGUGCCUCAGAGGGCAGAGGUCAUCAAAAAGGAUGUCAUUACAGCUUUUUGUUAAACAUUUUAAACAUUUUGAACAUAAGUUAGUUUAUGAAAAGUAUUUAAUAAAUUUAAGUAAUAGCA